AAAAGCGGUGCAGAGCUAUUACUUUUUACACUGGAACAAGAAAGGGGCAUUGCUUUUACAAACCGGCUUUCCAGACUCUGUUCUUCUUCACCUACCCUGUCUCUAAGGAUAAAUUUUGGGUUUUGUUCUCUUCCUCUUCUCUCCAGCGCCGUCAAUGUGGGGACCGACAUGCUGGAACUUGACUGCCAUUUGACAAAGGAUGAAGAAGUUGUCGUCUCCCAUGACGAGAAUCUGAAGCGGUCAACAGGGGUUGAUGUCAGUAUAUCUGACCUUAAAUACUCGGAACUCCCACCGUACCUCUGCCGGCUGGAUGUAAGUUUUCAGAAAGAGUGCCACUGUGAAGGUGAAGACAAGCGCAUCCCACUCCUGAAGGAGGUUUUCGAAGCAUUCCCUCACACUCCUGUCAACAUCGACAUUAAGGUGAACAACGAUACCCUGAUCAAAAAGGUUUCAGAAUUAGUGACCUGUUACAAGCGAGAACAUUUGACAGUGUGGGGCAGUGUCAACUAUGAGGUUGUGGAAAAGUGUCAUAAAGAGAACGCUCGCAUUCCUAUCCUCUUCUGCUUGCGGCGUGUCCUCCUCCUCCUCGGUCUGUUCUAUACUGGUCUUCUGCCUUUCUUUCCCAUCCUGGAGGAGUUCUUGGAGAUUCCCAUGCCUUCCAUCAUCCUCAAGUUGAAAGAACCAGAGAAGAUCUCCAGGAGCCAGCGGUUUACCAUCUGGCUUACAGACACAUUGUUAAUGAGGAAAGCGUUAUUUGACCACCUCACUGCUCGAGGAAUUCAGGUCUACAUCUGGGUACUGAACGAAGAGCAGGAAUACAAGCGAGCGUUUGACUUGGGAGCCACCGGCGUGAUGACGGACUACCCCACAAAGCUGAAGAACUUUUUACACACCUACGCGGCAUAAAGCAAGGAUGGCUCCUGUGAAGAAGUGUGGGUGUUUUGGGGGGGGAAUGACAGGAACGGACACACAAAAAAAGUCAAGGAGGGAUAGCCCUCUCUUUCUCAAUUCCUCCCCGACUCCACAACACAGUCACCUGACGAUGGCAGACAUAAGCAGCUGGAUCAUAUUACCUCAUUCUUAAGUCAUUACACUUGUAGAGAUUGUACACAGCUAUAUUUAUUUACAGUUUUAAAUGACAUAGUUUACAUUUUCUUUUGGAAAAUACGACAGUUAGCGGCUCCUACCCUAGCCUAACAGAUAGGUCUAGGAAGAGAUCUGCUGACAAGGGUACCUUGCAGCGGCGAUAGCCGUAACGUAGCUCUUAUCUGUCAGGUCUAGGAAGAGAUCUGCUGACAAGGGUACCUUGCAGUGGCGAUAGCCGUAACGUAGCUCUUAUCUGUCGCUUGUAGCUCUCAGACUUCACCGCCUUUGCACAUGGGAAACAUUCCAGCACUACAGAUUUUCUUUCUUAAAUCUUGCAUUGACCGUGUAAACAUUUCUAGUCAACUGACUAGCGUGACGAAGAAAUUGCCUGGUUGUCCCAGGUAAACGUAAAAUGAGAGGGUUUUGAAAAGCUGUUGGCGGAGACCUGUUGGUAAUCUGUCAACAGGUCCUUUUUGAAGUGAGGCCGGACCCCCAAUCCUGCUCUUGCUUUUCUCUUCCUUCCUACACCUGGGAGGAUGCUAGGAGUCCGAUUUUAAUUCAGCCUCUGCUCCCUCCAUGUACCUUUUUUUACUCUGUGGCUGGCCGCGUUAGAGGACUCCCGACCAGAUUGUCCAGGGAGUUCUCGUCUCCAGUCCCUAGCGUAGCUCACGAUGUUCGUUUUAUGCGCCUGUGUGUUUGAAUUAACACUUAGCAAUACUGCUGCUAUUAGUUAGGAUCAGUGUAAUAGGGAUUUCAGGCCAGUUUAUGGAGCAGCACGGCUGCUCCGGCUUCGGUGGAAGCACUUUUCAGCAGCCUUCGCAGCCAUUGCCUUUGAAUAGAACAGACGGUUCAUCGUGGCGCGGUUUCAUAGAAGAGACAAAGCUGUGAUAGGGCUGCAAACGUCUGUAUUUUAGCAUUGAAACCCGCCUACUUUCUGUCAUUCCAUACUUGUGUCUCUGAAAUGUAAUAGUUCUCGCCAAGAAGAUAACCACUAGCGUUUUUUUAUUAGCUUUUUAUUGAUGCAUCUAAAAAUAUCUCCCUAUCUAGAAGUAUCUCCCUGUUCUUCAGUCAGAGAGUUGUAGUAAGAAGUUCUGAAUUGAAUAAUAGGGUUCUCCUUUAUUCGCAGGCCUUCCUCAGAUCCCUGAGUCUGUCUCCCCUUCAUGCCCAAGGCUGUUUCCCCAAAUGCCUUUUAGCUGGAGAAGGUCGUGCCCAGUUCUGUUUCUGAUUUUAAGUAAAGAAUUUAAACGUAACGGGAGGAGGAAGGAAUGCAGAUACAGAGAGAAGGGAUACGCUGAAGGGAAUGGUCCCUGGGUUUGAAAUCCUUAUUCGUUUUUCCAAAAACUCACUAAGUCUAACCUGGGUUUGAAAUCCUUAUUCAUUUUUCAAAAAACUCACCAAGUAACCUACCUCACAAUGUUGUUGUGAGGUUAGCAUAGGGUUUUGAAAAUCCCUAUACGCCGUCCCUGAGCUUACUAGAGAAGCGUGAUGCAAAUGUGACUUUGAAGGACUAUUCCAGCUAGGGAAGAUUUUGCUUUCGAAGCCGUAGAAAGUAGCAUCUCCUAGCCUUGGUUUAAAAUGUAAUGUGAGAUAUCGUACCGGGGUGUUUUUUUAAACUUUGUUUUAAAAUAGUCGUGGUGAAACCUGGUUCUGUCCCAUUAAAGUACUUAGGGAUCGCUGUGACGGGUUCCCUUUCGGGACUAAACCCACAGUUCUAAGCCUUUGGGUUCUGGUCCCUCGCCUUUCCCCCAAAAGUGAUCCCUAUGUGGACAAGUGAAUGUGUUGAUCUGUGGGUAUAAAACAGGAACAUUUGGUAUAAAAAGAUUAAACUAUUAAUGCACAAAUAGAGCCCACAUUAACCCCUGAAUUAUUAAAUCAUCCCCCAAAUCCUAUUCAGUUCUUUCCCUCUUAGUGUUGUUGCAAAGAGUGUCCUUUGUAAGAUGUAGUUGUAAAGAAGGGUUUUGAUAUCCUGUUGUCCUGGAUGUUAGUUUGAGAAAAGGAACGAAGCGAGGCAGACUCUUUAUAUAUGUAUGUAUGUAUAUAUAACUGAGGGUUGUAAAUGUAAUGAAGGAUUCUGCAGUACAUUUCAUGCACUUGAAACAUUCCUCUUGCGCCAGCCGUGCUUUUGAAGGGAAACUGGAGAUGUGAGGCCUGGCGUUCAAAAUAUAUCUGAAUACAUGCUCCAAACUGUCAA